GGCUACUGUCUUAACCCUGUCUAUCCUUCAAUGUGUGUUUCCUGAUGUAAGCCCCUCCUUGCUAGUGCUAAUGAGCUGAUACUGAGCCGUUAUCGCUUGGUCAUCGUUUGAAUUUCAACCAUAGGUUCUAUUUACUUAAGCUAUUAAAAUAACGAUUGACAAUCUGAAUUCAUGUACAUUGUUGUCCUUCACAAUUUUGACAGUGUAUAGCUUAUGACUGUUUGAUAAGUUAUGUUACAUAAGUUCAUAAAUGAAGGCAUAUGUGAUUGUUUACCUGGAAAAGCAAACAAGACAAGGUGUGUUAAGAGUGAUACUGUUACCGAAACGUAACAUUUCCUGCUCUUGGUAAACCUAUUUUUGCUUGUAUGAUAACUGAUGUUACGUUGAGGGAGUACCUAACAACUUCUUGUAAUGUUUAAGGAGAACUUAACAUGCAGGUUUCUAUAGCAGAGAAAUCUUCUGUUUAUGACUUCAUCAGAGUGACAUAAAAAAAAAAAUCAGCAAAGAGCAAAUCAAGUUAGUCAUUUCAAGGAUUACACACAAGUGGCCUCUUGCACUCACCCAUGAGUUGGAAGGAGUGGCCGUGGCUGCUUAUUACCUGGGCCAGUGGAUAUGGUUUGAUACACACUCACACUCAGACACAACACAGUGAGACGCAGUCAGAACAGCCAGGGAAGUAGGAAGGGAGAACGCAGAGACAUACCAUAGCAGUGGAAAAUAACUGGGAUAAUCAAGGCCGCCUUUCCAAAGUAAAAGGCUCAGAAUGGAUUCCACACAGCCUACUGUGCCCCACCACGACAACGCGGGCUUCGGGGAUGACAACGAUAGACCUCCGUCCUAUAACCAGCCCCAGGACCUGUACCCUACCAUCCCACAAUUGUCCCCGCAGCCUGUCGUCACGACCAGCACCAGCGUCCCACAAUUGUCCCCGCAACCUGUCAUCACGACCAGCAUCACUACCAUCGUUCGGAGAAUAGAACCAAAGAGUAAUAUGACAAAUGUGUUGCGUGGACUGGCCUCCUCCGUGCUCAUCAUGUUAGUGAUGGGAGUGUUGAUCUGGUACUUCGCUUUCUUCGAGAGAGAGCUGUACCAUGAAGGUGGCAUUGAACUACCACAACCAACCCCAGUGACCGACCACAACCAACCACAGUUGUGUGACGGCGUCAAAGACUUGAUAGGAGGAGAGGACGAGUCCCAAUGCCUUCGCCUCCAUGGGACCGACUUUGUACUGCAGAGCUUCUCAGCCACCAGCCAGACCUGGCGGCCUGUUUGUGCAGAGCGCUGGAGAGACGACUUGGGCAGAGCUUCCUGUAAACAGAUAGGCUACUCAAGUACCGAGUUCGUUUCCUCCACCCAGACGGGUGCAGGCUCUCUGGGGACGGGAGGCUACAGCAAGCUGAAGUUAGGGUUCUACCAACCGGGUGACCAGAUUCAUUCACACCUCAGGGACAGGUACUUCUGCCGAACGUGUAAUUCCAACAUGGUUGUCAGUCUGCGCUGCAUUGCGUGCGGUGUCAGUGAGAUGGACCCCAGCACGCGCAUCGUGGGCGGGACCCCUGCGGAUUGGAAUGCCUGGCCCUGGCAGGUCAGCCUGCAGUACUACGGCCCCCAUUUCUGCGGUGGCACCAUCAUCGGCCAAUACUGGAUCCUAACGGCCGCCCACUGCUUCCAAUCAGAAAGGCCGUCUCAUACAUCUAUAUUGCGUGUCUACUACGGGGGCGUUCGCCUGAGUUGGAUGUUUUCCAGUGCGUCGGUGCGAAGAAUCAUCGUCCACGAGGACUACAACAUCGAGCCCCAGGCCAACGACGUGGCUCUCCUGAGGCUCAGACGACCUCUGACCUUCACCCAGGAUGUGAGGCCGGCGUGUUUGCCCAACGUCGGCGUGAACCUGAACCCAGAGCGAAACGCCUGGACCACCGGUUGGGGAACUCUGAGCUCUGGAGGGGUCAGCCCGGAUGAGUUGAUGCAGGCCGAGGUGACCAUUUACAGCAGAGACAGGUGCAACCAACGGCACAUAUUGGACCAACAGGUGACUGAAACCAUGAUCUGUGCUGGAAAGUUGGCUGGAGGAGUGGAUUCAUGUCAGGGGGACAGUGGGGGACCACUGGUGGCCAAGGAAGGUGGUGUGUGGUGGCUGGUUGGGGACACCAGCUGGGGCGUUGAAUGUGCCUUACGGAACAGACCAGGGGUCUACGGCAACGUGACCUACUUUUCGGACUGGAUCCAUAAGCAAAUGCAGGACCGCGGCGUCAGGCGAUGA